AUGUCGUACCGUCAUUUAUUACGACAAACACAAUCUGACUCUACCACUACCGCUAAUCCCAAUACGACGAAAAGGGCACCCUCAAACGCGUCGACCGCAUCCAGUGCUUAUUCCAAUUCUUCUAGCGUCUAUGAAUUAAGUCGCACAAGUACACUUUCAUCAACGACGUCGAGUGGAUACGGAAGUCACAGGAAAGGAUUGAGUGAAGCUACCGGAAUGUAUACUUCUUCAGAGAAUCGUAGUGGGAAGGGGAGUAUCGAAUCGAGUCCAGAUAGCGCAUACAAGAAUGUUAGAAAAUCUUUGCGACCACUUGCUCAACCUCCAGGUCAAACUUCACCAGAACGAGACAAAACUCCAGUUCAACACAAUCGCGGGAAAAGUGUCGAUAUGAUCAGGAAUAACUUUCAACCACACUCUAGGACGCAAAGUGUAGACGUGCAGAAGGCUCCCAUUAAACAACACAACCGCGGAAAGAGCAUCGAUGUAUCCAAAUUGACUUUGUUUGAGUCUCCUCUCCAGUCACCAAUCAGCCCAGCAAUAAGUCCAACACGCAGUCCGACGCGCCGCCCACCUGUAGUUCGACCCAAUUCUAUGUUAUUGAGCCGUUCCGACUCGAUCAGUAUCGGAGGGGGAGCCCUCUCCAAGCUUGGUCCACUACAUCCACACACACCUCUCACACGACCUGAGCUACAGAGUUUCGAACGAUCAUCAACGAGUCAACUUCGAACCCUCUCGAAAUUUGCGCAGACUGCAACUCCUGAUGAUUUUACCAUUACGUCGCCAGAACAAGAGGUAGCUGGGCUUCAUGGACGACGUAGACUGCAGCGUAGCGCCAUCUCAAAGGACAAAAAUGGUACAUUGAGUAAACCUACGGGAGGAUAUGGUUGGGAGGGACGAAAUUGGAUGGACAAGCAGCGACAAUUUUUACAGGCUUAUGAGUAUCUUUGUCAUAUUGGAGAAGCAAAGGAGUGGAUUGAAGAUAUCCUGAAACGAGAAAUUCCCCCGACUGUGCAACUAGAACAAACUUUGAGAGACGGUGUGACAUUAGCAGAAGUAGUGGAAGCAUUGUAUCCAGAGCGGCGCAUACGAAUUUUCCGGAAUCCCAAACUACAAGCUCGCCAUUGGGACAACAUUGCUCAAUUCUUCCGAUUUCUCGACGAGGUGCAGCUUCCUGAGCUUUUCCGAUUCGAACUCAUCGAUUUGUACGAGAAGAAGAACAUCCCCAAAGUCAUAUAUUGUAUUCACGCUCUCAGUUGGCUAUUGUUCAGGAAAGGUAUCGUGGACUUCCGAAUCGGAAAUCUCGUUGGACAGCUGGAAUUUGAAGAUCACGAAUUGGAAGAAAUGCAAAAGGGUUUGGAUAAAGCAGGAAUCAGCAUGCCAAGUUUUGGAAACAUGGGAGCGGAUUUUGGAGUCCCUGAACCAGAACCAGAACCCGAACCAGUCGAAACCGAGGACGAACGGAUCGAUCGAGAACUUGGCGAAAACGAGGCUAUCAUAGUGGAACUACAGGCACAAGUACGCGGAGCUUGUAUGCGAAUGCACCUAGGAAGGACAAUGCAGGUGCUUUGGGAUACCGAAGAUUGGCUCAUCGACCUUCAAUCGAUGAUUCGCGGAGAUUUUACGCGGCAGGUGGUGGAGUAUCGUUUGAAUAUGAAAAGAUUUGCAGAGAACUUACAACGCCAUGCACGUGGAUUUCUGGUUAGAAAAAGACAAUCAAGUCAGGAGACCUUCUGGAAAAGCCACGAAGAAGACGUUCAGAAGAUCCAAAGCCUGUUCAGGGCCAAGAAAGUUGGACAACAAGUCCGAGACGAGGUAGGCAUGAUGCGGUCCGCUUUGCAGCAGUCAGAAUUUGUUGUCAAAGAUUUCCAGUCCAGCAUUCGUGGCUUUCUUGCUCGAAAACUCCUGGUGGCUCAACAGAAGGAAACCGAAUCUGUAACUGUGUCAACCCCAGUAUUGAACCUGCAAGCUGCAGUGAGAGGUAUGCUUGUGAGAAAGAAAAUGAUGGAGCAAGGAGAAGAGAUAUCAUCCAUCACCGUAUCAGCUCCAGUGUCGGACCUGCAAGCUGCAGUAAGGGGCAUGCUUGUGAGAAAGAAAAUGAUGAAGCAAGGAGAAGAGAUAUCAUCCAUCACUGCCUCAGCCCCAUUGUCAGACCUGCAAGCUGCAGUGAAGGGCAUGCUUGUGAGAAAGAAGAUGGUAGCUCAAGAGAACGAAACAUCAUCUGUAGCUGUUUCAACUCCCGUAUUAAACUUGCAGGCUGCGAUGAGGGGAAUGCUUCUCAGGAAGAACAUUGCAGAAGACCAGGAAGACCUUUAUCGCGAAGAAUCUUCGAUCACAGCGAUUCAAGGGUUUGCCAGGGCCUUACUGACAAGAAACCAGAUUUUUGAACAACAAGAGGCAUUGCAUGCAUGCACACCCAUCUGGGAAAAACUCCAGGCGAUUGCGAGGGCAGGUUCGCUAAGGAAUGAGGUAUUUGAUACACAAGAAGCUUUGAAAAGCCACUCUGGAAGCAUAUCAAAACUUCAAGCUUUCCUUCGUGCUGGGGCUGUUCGCCGCGAAGUCACCGAGACUCUGUCUGGCUUGGACGAAGAGGAACCAUUAAUACUAGAACUUCAAAGUUUAAUUCGUGGCAUGCUUCUUCGGCGCUCGGUUGAGGAUGAUUUUGACGCUCUCAUUGCAGAAGUUUCGGCAAUUACGGAUCUUCAAUCCAUGGUAAGAGCUGGCAUGGUAAGACAAAAGACCGAAAUGAUUUUGGAUGAUCUUCAGGCAAACGAGGAAGAAAUUAUACAACUGCAAGCAUUGUCCCGUGCUGUGCUACUUCGCAAUGAUAUCGAGGGAGUGCUGGGAGAAUUGGAGUCGGAAGAAGAUGAUAUCGUCGCGAUACAAUCAGCGGCUAAAGCUUCUUUAGUUCGAGCUGCAUUUUUAGAGAAACAGCGCUUCUUCAAGGAGAAUAUGGAAAAGGUCGUCAAAAUUCAAAGCUUCGUCCGUGGCCGCUUACAAGGAGAGGCUUACAAGAGCUUGACAACUGGCAAGAACCCGCCAGUCAACACGGUCAAGAACUUCGUCCAUCUCCUUAAUGAUAGCGACUUUGACUUCAAUGAAGAGAUUGAAUUCGAGCGAAUGCGAAAGACCGUCGUACAGCAAGUUCGACAAAAUGAGAUGGCAGAGCAGUACAUUGAUCAGCUAGAUAUCAAAAUUGCACUUUUGGUCAAGAACAAAAUUACUCUAGAUGAAGUUGUCAAGCAUCAGCGAAAUUUUGGAGGACACUCAGGAAACCUCCUCGUUAAUACCUCCAUGGCAUCGGGGAAUCAAUUUGACUUGAAAGCGCUCAACAAAAAUUCGAGGAAGAAGCUCGAGUUGUACCAACAGCUCUUCUUUAACUUACAGACUCAACCUCAGUACCUUGCCAGGCUCUUCCAAAGAAUUCGUGAACAGGGCACUGCCGAGAAAGAUUGCAAACGGAUCGAGACCUUGAUGAUGGGGUUGUUUGGAUAUGCCCAAAAACGCCGUGAAGAGUACUAUCUGCUCAAACUAAUUGCUCGUUCUGCUAGAGAGGAGAUUGAGCACUUCGCCUCGCUUCAAGACUUUCUCCGCGGCAAUUUCUUUUGGACAAAACUUCUGGCCAACUACACUCGUUCCCCUCGUGACAGAAAGUUCCUUCGCGAUUUGCUAGGCCCUCUUAUCAUGGAAAAUAUCAUUGAGGAUCCCGCACUCGACCUUGAAAGUGAUCCAAUGCAAAUCUACCGCUCCGCAAUCAACAACGAAGAGCUCCGAACUGGUAGACCAAGUCAAAGAGCACUGGAAAUUCCUCGAGACCAGGCAAUCAAAGAUCCCGAAACACGAGACAUGUUUAUUGAUCAUCUCCGAGACUUGAGAGAAAUUUCAGAUCUUUUCAUGCUUGCCUUGGAAAGUCUCCUCCACAGAAUGCCUUACGGUGUUCGCUUCAUCUGCCAGCAAAUCUUUGACGGCCUUUGUCAACAAUUCCCUCGCGAAUCCCAACGAAAUCUCUUACAGCUUGUUGGUAACUGGCUUUUCAGGUUUUACUUGUAUCCAGCGUUGACCACUCCUGAGUCCAUGGGCGUAGUGGAAAGACAGCUUACUCCGCUGCAGAAGCGUAAUCUAGGCGAGGUUGCCAAAGUUCUGGGCCAGAUCUCCACCGGACGUUUGUUUGGUGGUGAGAACAUGUUUUUACAGCCAUUGAAUGCCUACGUCACUGAUGCCAUUGAGCGAAUCACCGAUAUCUUUUCAAACAUAAUCUCGGUCCAGGAUGCGGAAAGCACAUUCGAUAUCGAUGAGUUCAAUGAUCUCUACGCUCGUACAAAACCAACUCUUUACAUCAAGAUGGCCGAUAUAUUCGCCAUUCACAAUCUCAUAUGCGACGACCUUCCACAAAUCUGCCCAAACCGCGAUGAUGUGCUUCGAGAAAUCAUCCAAGAACUUGGCAGUGCAAAGAGCAAUGAGUCUGAGAUGUUAGGUGUUUCCUCAGCCGAAAUUCAGAUGACUUUGACCCCUAAACUCCAUGACAUGGAAGACCCCGAAGCUGAAGUAAAAGCACUUUUUAUGGAGACCAAGCGCUGCAUCCUGUACAUAAUCCGCGUUCAAUCUGGACCGAACCUCAUGGAAAUUUUGGUACGACCGAUCUCACCAGAAGAUGACCAAAAGUGGCACGAUUUACUCCGAGAAGAGUUCUCAGCAGACAGCAAGACUCGCGGCGCAUACUCUGAUGCCAAUACUUUAACGGAUAUUAAAUCUAUGUCAUAUUGGGAACUGAAGCGGACGGCUCUGGAGAACAUCAUGAGGCUCGAACAACUUGGUAGAAUCUCAAGACAAAAUUACUACCAGGACAUUCUAAAUGCUAUUGCUGUUGACAUACGUACCAAGAGCAGACGUCGUGUUCAGAGACAGAGAGAACUAGAAGGUGUUAGGAUGACCUUGGGAAAUUUGGGCGAGAAAGCGGAGUGGCUGGAGUCUCAAAGAAAGAGUUACGACAAUUAUAUCGAACAGGCUAUGAUGACUUUGCAGAAAAAGGGCGUUUCCUUAUGCCUUUCUCCCAAACAGUACAACCACGAAAAGGAGCUGGAGCGCACUGGUCGCACAUACAAGUUCGGCUCUUUCAAGUACUCGGCUAGAACUCUGUCGGACAAAGGCGUAUUGGUCGCUUGGAAAGGGUAUCCUGAACGUGAAUGGGAUAAGAUCAAUCUCACAAUUUCAUGUGAUCAAGUCGGUGUUUUUUCCAUUGAAGGUAGCAAAGGGAGCAUUGUCAUUACUGGUGCUGUGGCUCAAGUUCCGAUGGACUCCUUGCUGGCCGCGCAAUUUGCAAAUCAUCAGUACAUGGAUAUGUUUGAAGGUGCGAUGAGAUUGAACGUUAAUCUAUUUUUGCAUUUGUUGUACAGAAAGUUCUAUAGAACUGAGUGA